CAACACGCAAGCGCACUAGGGAGUUUCUGAGUGUCCGGAGGCAGCAACGAACUACGUUUCCCAAUGCUCUUAAGCAACGGAAAGUGACGUAAAUAGCAGACAGAGUUGGAGGGUUCGGGUAAAAAUGGCUGAAUAUUUAGCUUCGAUAUUCGGGACAGAGAAGGACAAGGUUAACUGCUCUUUUUACUUUAAGAUCGGGGCCUGCCGGCACGGGGACCGGUGCUCCCGGCUUCACAACAAACCGACUUUCAGCCAGACCAUAGUGCUGCUCAACCUGUACCGGAAUCCACAGAACACCGCCCAAACCGCAGACGGAUCGCACUGUCACGUGAGCGACGUGGAGGUGCAAGAACACUAUGAUAACUUCUUUGAGGAAGUGUUCACGGAACUGCAGGAGAAGUACGGGGAGAUUGAAGAGAUGAAUGUGUGCGACAACCUGGGGGAUCACCUCGUGGGCAAUGUUUAUGUCAAGUUUCGGCGGGAGGAGGAUGCAGAGCGAGCAGUGGCUGAACUCAAUAACCGCUGGUUCAACGGGCAGGCAGUGCAUGCCGAGCUGUCUCCUGUGACUGACUUCCGGGAGUCAUGCUGUCGACAGUAUGAGAUGGGGGAAUGUACUCGCGGUGGUUUCUGCAACUUCAUGCACUUGCGGCCCAUCUCCCGCAACCUCAGGCGGCAGCUCUACGGGCGAGGACCCAGGCGCAGGUCACCCCCAAGGUCCCAUACCGGCCACCGUCCCAGAGAAAGAAACCGACGACGGUCCCCAGACCAUCGGCAUGGCCGUUUCUAAGACCCUGACCCCCUUGCCCUCCACCUCUGGCAGGCACAGAUGUUCCUGGCCAAGACCCCUCCUCAAAGCUCCCUAACUCCCCAGUGCCAUCUUCUCCAGGCUACAGGUCUCCAUGAUGUAAUAGAUUCAACACAGGGACCUUCUCUUGCUGCCCCUCCACUAAUAAAAUUCUGUAUUGAGGAUUUAGAUCUUUU